UAGUGCGUCAACAUCACGAAGAAACAUGGCGGACAGCGUGGUGAAUCCUUUGACUGUUCGUGACUUCAGUAAAGUUAUUUUAACUUUAGACAAUGUUCUUGUUCAGAGCGAGAAAUUGUCAGAAACACCUUCCAUGCAAGAUGGCCUUGAUUUUGAAACCGAAACAGAUCUUCGAAUAUUGGGCUGUGAGCUGAUUCAGACGUCGGGGAUCCUACUCAAACUUCCACAGGUCGCCAUGGCCACUGGUCAAGUUCUGUUCCAGCGAUUUUACUAUUCGAAAUCGUUCGUAAAACACAACAUGGAGGUUGUAGCUAUGGCAUGUGUCAACCUGGCAUCCAAAAUUGAAGAGUCCCCACGAAGAAUUAGAGAUGUGAUCAACGUUUUCCAUCACAUCAAACAAGUUCGAAGUGGCAGGACCAUCCAGCCCCUUAUCCUCGACCAGAACUAUAUAAACAUAAAGAACCAAGUUAUCAAGGCAGAGCGACGUGUCCUCAAGGAGCUUGGUUUCUGUGUGCAUGUCAAACAUCCUCACAAAAUCAUUGUAAUGUAUCUGCAAGUACUAGAUAGUGCUAACAACCGGCGCCUGGUGCAGUGUGCAUGGAACUACAUGAAUGACAGUUUCCGUACAAAUGUGUUUAUGAAGUACCAGCCUGAGACUAUCGCUUGUGCUUGCAUAUACCUAGCAGCCAGACAACUACAGGUUCCCUUGCCUGACAGUCCUCCUUGGUAUUACCUAUUCGAAGUGGAAGAAGAUGAGAUACGAGAUAUAUGCAUAUUAUUGUUGAAUCUGUACAGCAGACCAAAGCCAAACUGUGAUGAACUGGAGAAGAUUGUGGAAAAAGCCAAGAAGAUUCAGGUAGAAGCAAAACUCAAAGCCAAAGGACUUACAUCUGAGUAUGGCACUCCCAACUCAACAUCCAGACAGAACUCGCCAAAAAAUGUUAGUCCCAAUCCGUCCAUAUUGCCUGGGAUGAGAAAGGUCAAGCUUGAAGAAGAUCACCAUUCUGAUGGAAGUCAUGGGAGCCACAAUCACAAUUCCAAAAAGCGGGGCCACUCGGGUAGUGAUCAAAGCCGCUCAGAUAGAAGUCGAAGUCAUUCACGCUCAAGAUCCUCAAGAACCUCAUCAAGUAGAAGCACAAGCAGGAGUCCAGUCUCGAGGAAGAAAGUGCGAAGCCCAUCCAGGAAAUACAAGAAAGAAAGAAGGUUAUCACCCAUCAGGUACACAUAUAAAGAAAAGCAUUCCCACAAGCGAAAGCGAAGAUCACGUUCUAGAUCUCAGAGUCGGCCCCAUGAAGAGCAUUACUCCAAAUCAAGUCUAAAAAAAUACUACAAAGAAAAAGACCGAGGCUACAGCCCAGAUAGACAUCGUUCUCGGAAACAUCGGAAUGGUCACCGUGCAAGUUCCAGGGACCGAUAUGAUAUAUACCGUCGGUGAUAAUAUUGUAGGAGAAACAAUGCAGACGGGUGUGCGUUAGAGACAUUGGCCAGUGAAACAGUUUGAUGACAGCAGGGAUAUUCUUUGUCCAAGAUUAAAUUGUGACUUAAAAUGUUGAUUUAGAUAUAUAUUUAUGUCUGGCUUUAGUCUUUGGACAGUUUACAGUUUGAAAAGAGUUCAUCCCCAGCAACAGUUCAGACAAAACUACUAGGUAUGUGUUCUGUUUUUCUUAUUUUCCUGCUUCAUUGGAAAUGAGGAAUGCAACAUGUCAACAGUAUUUUCUAUUUUGUCAGUUCGGUGAACUGUCACUGAUAUUAGUUUGUCAACAGUUUUGGUAAUAAUCAUGUUGGCAGGUUUGUACAAAUAUUGAAGUUAUGGCUGUGAUUAAUGUAUGACAAUUAUUUUGCUUGGUCAGAUGACCCAGUCACCAAUACAAGUGCAAUUGACUUAUGCUGAAAAUAUGGAACUGAAAAAUGGAAAAAAAUGUGAUGUGUUGAAUAACUUUUGGUCAACUAUGUUUAGCUGUAUGCUUUGGCAGUUAAUGCUCUAUGAAUAUUAUUGGAAAGAUUAACAGGAAGUUCAAUUUGCUAGAUUUGGCAUUAAUGAUUUGCAUUCCAACUUCUGUUUAGUUGUAUCAUGUUGUAUAUAACAAUCAUGUCCAUUAUAAAUUCUGGUCUCUUCAGACCUGUUAUGCCUGUACUCAGGGUACAAGACUGUGUGCCUGUCAGAUCUGACUGUUUGAAUGUUCAUAUUGAAUGAAUGGCAAUUCUGUUUUGUAAAUAAUAUAUAUUUUACAUGAAGAAUAAAUUAAGUAUGGCAGA